GCAGACACAAGUCUGAGGUAGCCCUUUCUUUGUCCGACAUCGACAUUAUUCCCUCUGAGGUCAAUAUCCAUCCACCUCGUUUACCAACUUCAACUUCGCCCGUUCCCUUGAUAGGACCAAAGCUUCUAAUCAUAUUCCAUGGAACGGCACGGCUCGCCAGGCCUCGGCCCGCGCAACGAUACGGCGUCCCGAGUGCAGAAACCGGAAUCUGCUACCGACAAAGCAGCCAAGCUAGCAGCGUUGAAAGCCCGCGUUUCGGCUGCUAUAGGAACAACCAAGGCGAAGGGUGGUCUGAAUGUCGGCCUUCAUCCGGCGUUGGAAGAUAUCGGACAAUGGAAGCCCGGCGACCCCAAAUCCGCGUCCGGCUCACGAUCACGUAACGAUGCCAGCAAGGCCCAGCCGAAGCACAAACCCCUCGAUCUGUCCGGUCCCUCGCAAGAAGAGAUAAAGAACAACCCUUAUUUCGACGCGAACCUAGGCGCUCCCGGCGCAAAGCCGAGACAGACACGUCAGCUUAUAUUCAACCAGAAGGGAAAAUACAUCCAGCAAGCCAAUGCGCUGCGCAGGCAAGCGGCGCUCGAAGCCCUGAAGAAGAAGAUCGCGGCGGGCACGCGCAAGGUCGGCAUAGACGAGGACAAGGACGUCGAGAAGAACUUCGCGGUCGAGGCCCCGCCGGACGUCGAGUGGUGGGACGAAGGGCUGAUAGACGGCAAGAACUACGACGACAUAGAAAACCCCCAGGCGCUCAAGAUCGACACCGAGGACUCCAUCGUCACCCGGUACAUCCAGCACCCCGUCCCCAUCGAGCCGCCCCAGGACAAGAACGUGCCCCCGCCCAAACCCAUGUACCUCACCCCCACCGAGCAGGCGAAGCUCCGCCGCCAGCGCCGCAUGGCCGACCUCAAGGAGGAGCAGGCCAAGAUCAGGCUCGGCCUGGUCCCCGCGCCCCCGCCCAAGGUCAAGAAGGGCAACCUGAUGCGCGUGCUGGGCGAGGAGGCCGUCAAGGACCCGACGGCCGUGGAGGCGCGCGUGAACCGGGAGAUCGCGGAGCGGCACGACAAGCACGUGCAGACGAACGAGGAGCGGAAGCUCACCAAGGAGCAGAAGCACGAGAAGCUAGCCGCGAACCAGGAGAAGGACGCGGCCAAGGGCCUGCGCAUGCUCGUGUUCAAGAUCGACAGCCUGGCCAACGGGCAGCACCGGUACAAGGUCAGCGUGAACGCCGACCAGUUGGCGCUCACGGGCCUGGUCAUCAUGCACCCGAAGCAGAACCUGGUCGUCGCCGAGGGCGGCGAGUGGUCCGCCAAGCACUACAAGAAGCUGAUGCUCCACCGCAUCAACUGGACGGAGAACCUGCCGUCGCGCGACAAGGACGCCCAGAACGACGCCCUGAAGCAGUGGCUGCGGGCCGAGAACGAGGGCGGCGACCUCAAGGACCUCGCGGAGAACCGGUGCAGGCUGAUCUUCGAGGGCGAGGUCAAGUCCCGCGCCUUCAGGAAGUGGGGUUCCAAGGUCUGCGAGACGGAUGCCGAGGCCAGAGAGGUCCUGUCCAAGUCGAAGUUGGAGAACUUUUGGAAUCUCGCCAAGUCUACACACUAAGUAGAAGAACUACCUUAGGUUAGGUAGGUAGAUAGGUACCUAAUUUUUCUGAGAAGGUUAGAGGUACCUCCUAUAUAUAAUACAUACCUAGAUAAUCACACGGUUAGGCUAAGGGGGGGUUGUAAGAAAAUGCCACGAAAGAUUAAAUUAAGAUCGCGAAUAAGGAAUAUCAUUGCGUUGUUGGC